UGGGAUGGCCAUGAGUCCUCGUUAUUCAACUUCAAAUAGUUCUGUUCUCUUAACCAAUAGUUUUGUGCCAAGUGGAGCCCUAGGCUCCCUCUCUCCAGCUAACUCCCGGGCCGACUCCAGUCCAUCCCCCCUCGUUACUAUUUUACUAUUUAGUAUUUAGUGGCAAUCUCGUUAUUUCACAGGUCCUUGGGGGGUACUUUUGUAAGGCGCUGGAUACGCUGCGUAGAGGCUUGGAAUCUCCUCUUUCCGCAUCGCUUCGCUGCUUUCUCAAUUCUUGCACAACACACGCAAAAUACCGCCCUUCCAAAUUCCCCCCUUCCUCUCCCUCUCCCUCUCCCUCCUUUCUGCUUAAUUUUCAAUCUCAACCUUCACCGCAGCAGGUUUAUUCAUGGCUCCAAUCACCUAUUCUCUGACAUUCCUUAAAUUCUCUGCAUCUUGACUUCACUUUUAAGGGAUUGGAUCAAGCCAUAUUUGAUAAAUCUAUUUCUUGAGCCAAGUGAAAACAUGUACAAUGAAGGAGCCACACCCGAAUUUAUUUUUGAUCAGGGCGUUUAUUAUCCUACUGCUGCCAAUUAUGGUUAUUACUGUACAGGAUUUGAGUCACCCGGCGAAUGGGAGGACCAUCCUCGGAUUUUUGGUUUAGAUGGUCCAGAUAUCCAAUACGCAGGUGCUCAAAAUGAGAAUUCAUCUUAUGUAUAUUAUACACCAAGCUAUGGAUAUGCACAGUCUCAAUACAACCCGUAUAAUCCUUACAUUCACGGUGCUGUGAUAGGACCAGAUGGUCCAUAUCUAGGAGCCCAACAGUUUUACACCAUUCCUUCUUAUGAAAGCUCUGUUUCUUCUCCUGCUUAUGUCCCCGUUAUUGUUCAGCCAGAUAUUGUCCCAAAUGGUUCCAUUGACUUGAUUGACCCUUCAAUUAAUAGAUCCAAUGGAAACGGAAGAAUGCAAAAAAAUGAGAGUUCAGGAAGCUUUUCUAGGAACCCCUCCAAACCUGCUUUAGACCAGAGAAAUUCCUUGGCCAGGUUUACAGAASUGCAAAGAGCUAAUGUUGGUCCAAGCAAGCAUAGUGUAGCACUUGGUAGCAUUUCUGCUGGUAGCCAUGCUGGUUCAGUUUCAUCACGUGUUUUUCAGGGUAGGAGCACUUAUGGUUCAAUUCAAUCAGUAGAUGACUUAUCGAAUGGAAAGGCUGCGAUUGCUAAACUUCAGCCAAAGGUUCAAGUUGGUAGAGUUGUGGAUAAUGCAAAUGCCAAUCCAGAUGCGUUAAGCGAGCAGAAUCGGGGUCCUAGAAUCAACAGAUCUAAAACCCAAAUGUCUCUGAAAGCCUACACAACCAAGGCUGGAGAUUGUAAUGCAGAUGGAAACAUUAUUAUCUACACAGAUCAGUACAAUAAGGAUGAUUUUCCUGUUGAUCAUGUGGAUGCAAAAUUUUUUGUAAUUAAAUCAUACAGUGAGGAUGAUGUUCACAAGAGCAUUAAAUAUAAUGUUUGGUCCUCUACUCCCAAUGGAAAUAAGAAACUGAAUAUUGCAUAUGAAGAUGCACAGAGAAUAGUUUUAGCUAAAUCAAGAAGCUGUCCUGUAUUCCUCUUUUUCUCUGUCAAUGCAAGUGGUCAGUUCUGUGGUGUAGCAGAGAUGGUCGGUCCUGUGGACUUCAACAGGGAUAUGGACUUUUGGCAGCAGGAUAAAUGGAGUGGAAGCUUCCCUGUUAAGUGGCACAUUAUCAAAGAUGUGCCAAACAACAACUUUAGGCAUGUUAUUUUGGAGAAUAAUGAAAACAAACCUGUUACUAAUAGCAGGGAUACCCAAGAGAUACCAUUUAAGAAAGGUCUGGAGAUGUUAAAAUUGUUCAAGAAUCAUACGUUAAAGACCUCUUUACUUGACGACUUCAUUUAUUAUGAAAACCGUCAGAAGAUCAUGCAGGAAGAGAAAGCGAGGAUGGUUAUUAGAAGGCUGGAGCGUCCAUAUUUUGUACCCGCAUUAGAUCAUAACCGACAGCUAAAUUGUGUUGUUGAGGUACCUUUGAGAGAGGAUAAGAAUUCUAGCAAGGUGAAUGAUGGUGGAAGGAGGGGGUUGGAAAGGAGUGUGGCCUCGAGAGCCGAGCAGGUCUAUUCAAAUCCCGAUAAUUCUAGUACUGUGGCAGUGAAAGAAACUCCCAACUCCAAACAUGAUGAUGAGGAAAAAGUUGACGCUACAUCGACUUUGAAGAUGGAAUCACUUGAAAUUGGCGGGAAGCUGGUUGAUUGUAAGCCUUCGGGUGCUACCCCUGCUGCUGCGGGUGAUACAAAUUCCAAACGCACUGAAGUUGUCACUGUAGGUUCGAUGCCAAUCAAAGUAAAUGGAUAUAAUACCGAAACUUCGACUUCUGGUGUUUUGACGGUGGGAACAAUUCCGCUGGAUCCUAAAGCCCUGCAGCUUGACAAAGAUGUAUUGCUCAAAAGCGGGUCCCAACACAAAUGAUGCAAAUGGUAAUAACACAUACMAAAAAAUUGUCCAAGGGGUGCUGUCAUUUUCUUUACUAGAUUUGACGGUGCCUCUUGUCUUUCUUCGUUAUUGCAAUUGUCUUCUUUUAUUUGGCCGAUGUUCUGAUGCAGUGGGUGGUGUUUUUUGCUGGGUUUCUAUGUGACAUGUUGGUUUUUAUAUCAAGUGAAAAAUACCAAGUGUAUUAUCAGUUGUUUCCUCAUUUACCCCUCCAUCUUAAAUAUAGAGUGAAAAGUUUUUAUUUUUGUUGAA